GAGUGUCAGUCACUCCUGCGCUGGCCCCGCCCAGCGCUUCUCGCCGGGCUCGUUACAAUGUCUCAGUAGUUGCGCUGCCAGCGGCGGAAACGGACACGGGAAUCUGUAGCGAGAGCCGAGGCGCAACGAUAUCGAACGCUGAAUCCCUCCCUUCCCCAGGGAUGUGGCCCCGAGUGAUGGGGGAAGCUGAGCUGCCCCCCCGGGAACCCUAAUCUUCUCUUCUGCUGACGCCCCCACCGCCCGCAGGGACCAUGUCCGCCAAGGAGAACCCGUGUAAGAAGUUCCAGGCGAAUAUCUUCAAUAAGAGCAAAUGUCAGAACUGCUUCAAGCCCCGCGAGUCCCACCUCUUGUCCGACGAGGACCUCAACCAGGCGAAGCCCAUUUAUGGAGGAUGGCUGCUGCUGGCUCCAGAGGGGACGGACUUUGACAAUCCAAUGCAUAGAUCCCGGAAAUGGCAGCGAAGGUUCUUCAUCCUGUACGAACAUGGGCUUCUGAGAUACGCACUGGACGAGAUGCCCACCACGCUCCCCCAGGGGACAAUAAACAUGAACCAGUGCACCGAAGUCAUCGAUGGGGAGAACCGCACUGGGCAGAAGUUCUCGCUUUGCAUCCUCACCCCUGAGGAACAUUUUAUCCGAGCCGAGAACAAGGAAAUUAUCAAUGGGUGGCUUGAGAUGCUAAUUGUUUAUCCGAAGACAAACAAGCAAAAUCAGAAGAAGAAGAGGAAAGUGGAGCCUCCCACCCCACAGGAGCCCGGACCAGCCAAGAUGGCAGUGACCAGCAGUGGAAUCCCUGGAGCAGAGAAGGUUCCGGCCACCAAAUCUACACUGUGGCAGGAGGAAAUUAAAAGUAAAGAGGCUCAGGAAAACAGCACUAGUCCCCUCCAGAGCCCGGUGCAAAUGCCGUCGUCCCCUACUGAGCCCAUGGCAGACAGUAAAACAAGUGAGAGCCAAGUGAAUUGUAUAGGAACUCAUCUAUCAGAUGGAGGCCUCGUGAAUGGUGAUCGCACAGAUGGUGGCCGUAAGACUCGCGUGGAAAGCGGAUAUUUUUCUCUGGAGAAGAUGAAAGACUUGAAGACCGAGGAACAGCCUCCACAAACGCCGCCUUCACCCUCCACACCCGAUGCUCCCAGCAGGUACAGUGACUACAAUUCACACAGCCCGGAACUGGACCCAUUUUCUCCCCCAGGUACUUUGUCUACUCCUUCACCCGAACAAAGUAUGAAUGUGGGUGGCCAAAAUGGGAAUAGCCCUUUCUCCAUUGCCAACCGGCAGUAUGCCAUCCUGGCAGAUGUGCCCCGUGCCCGAAGGAUCAGCCACAGGGACGCUUUCCAGGUAGAGAGGAAGAGGCUGGAGCAACAGAAUCGGGCAAGGAGCCCUGGGAGAGAGGAAGUCGCACGCCUGUUUGGCCAGCAGAGAAGGCGCUCUCUGGUCAUUGAGAAGUUUGAAGCUCUGGACAUUGAGAAAGCAGAGCAGAUGGAGACCAGCAGUUCCAAUAAGCCAACCAGUGAGGCCCGGCAGGGGCGCAGCGAGAAGCGCACCUUCCCCAGGAAGCGGGACGAGUCAGGGGUCAGUUCCCUCUCUGACGUUUCAGCCUCGCCAAUGUCCCCAUAUCGCAGAGCAAAAUCGCUGGACCGCAGAUCUUCGGAGUCUUCCAUGACGCCGGACCUGCUGAACUUCAAGAAGGGCUGGCUAACCAAACAAUGUCAGGAUGGACAGUGGAAGAAGCACUGGUUUGUGCUGACAGAUCAGACUCUGAGGUUUUACAGGGAUUCAGUGGCAGAGGAGGCUGCUGACUUGGACGGAGAGAUCGAUCUGUCAACUUGCUACGAUGUUACGGAAUACCCAGUCCAGCGAAACUAUGGCUUCCAGAUCCAUAUUAAAGAAGGGGAAUUCAUUUUAUCUGCCAUGACCUCUGGCAUCAGGCGGAAUUGGAUUCAGACCAUCAUGAAGCACAUGCGCCCCAAUACAGCUCCUGACGUCACAAGGAAAAGCUUCUCUCUGAAACUGUCUGUGCUGAAGCCCAGUUCUUUGCCAGAGGAGAAGAGUAAAACCUCAUCUUCCUUCAGCUCCGCACAGAGUGACAAGCCAGAAUCCGAGCGUUCAGAAGCAGACGUGGAGCAGAAGCGGAGCCGGGCACGGGAACGUAGGAGGGAAGGCCGUUCUAAAACAUUCGACUGGGCUGAAUUCCGCCCCAUCCAGCAGGCCAUGGCUCAAGAAAGGGCCCAGGCAGCUGAAGCCUUGAAAUCCGUAUCUUGCUAUGACACCACAGACUCCAAGAAUGAUCUAGAGGAAUUAGAGAGGGAAAGGGCGCGCCGGAGGGAGGAACGCAGGAAGAGGUUUGAGAGCUCAGACUCCGUGGAGGAGCCAGCUGGGGAAGAUGCUUCCCACAUGGAGGUUGACCGAGGCCCUGUGCUGUCUGAAAACAUGGACAUUAGGCCAAAUGUUCAGGUUGAGAUAGAGCAAAGAUGGCAACAGGUAGAGACCACUCCACUUAGGGAACAGAAGCAGAUACCUAUAUCUCCUCUCCCUCUGUCCAGCCCUCCUCUAAAGCACCCCUCGGAGGAUAUCACUGCCCUUCUGCAAAAACAGUUGGAGCAGAGUCAGAAGGAGGUGUCUGAUCUCCUGGAGGAAAACCUUGCUUUGCAGCAGCGACUAAAAGAAGCAUUGGAACAACAGCACAACGCAAGAGACGGCUAUGUGUUACAGAAUGAAUUGGCAGAUCCGACACCAGACGCAUGGCAGAGGCUUCAUAAAGUGAACGAGGAUCUUCAAAACGAGCUGGAGUCCCAAUGCAAACGUCAGGAACUGUUAAGUCAACAAAUUCAGGCUAUCAAACACAGCUAUGGUGAAGCCAAAGACUCCAUCAGACACCAGGAGUCUGAGAUUUUAAGCAUUCAAGCGCGUCUCAGUAGCGCAUAUGCUGAGCUCACAAUAAAGGAGCAAGCUCUUGCAAAACUUAAGGCAGACUUGAAGAUGGAGAAGGACAAAGCUAAAGAAAUGCUCGAAGAAUGGCAAGUAAAUGAGGCUGCGCUGAGCGCCCAGCUUAAAGCUAGCCAACAAAAGUUGAAAGAAGCAGAGUCUUUGCUUUUAGAAAAGAGCCAGCAGCUGCGGGAAUUGGAAAUGCAGCAAGCUCUGCAGAGGGACCAUGAAAAGGAGAUGCAGAGGUUGCAGGAGAAACUUGCCAACACAAGGAGUCGGCUAGACGCCAGUGAGCAAGCUCGAAUAUUGACAGAAGCAAGACUGAAGAUGAAUUAUGAAGACCUGCUUGGAAGCUAUGAGAAGGAAAAGCAAGUUUUAUUGCAUAACCUGAAAGAAGCGGAGGAUAAUCUGCAAGAGUAUGAAGAUAAGCUACAAGAGAAUGAUCAACUGAUGGAAGUUCUUCAGAAAGAAAAGCUAAGUGCAAAUACAGAAACCAGCAUCAUAGUCCAUCACCUCGAAAAUCAACUUUCACAACAUGUGUCCAAGAUUCAGAAGUUGGAAGAGCACAUCAAAGAGUUGGACCAAGAUAGAGACAGGCUGAAUUCAACCUGCCAAGAAAUGACAAACCAAAUAGGGAUGUCCGUCCAUGAAAGUGCUAGUUUGCAGGAAAGGCUAAACAUGCGAGAGGCAGAGUAUCACCAGCUUAGGAUCUCACUGGAGAAGGUUUCUGAGGAACUUCUCAAGGCAAAGGAGACUCUGAGGGAAAAGGUAGACGAAUUAAGUCUCUCCUCAGAGACCCACAGAAGGAUUGUGAACAAGAAGGAUCAGGACAUUAACGAGGCCAUUAUAAAGAUGUCUGCUUUAAGCAGCAGUCUAGAAGAGACGGAGACAAAGCUAAAAGUCAAAGAAGAGGCUCUGAGAAGGUUUUACCAGUUUGACGAUGUUGCACAAGUUAAGGACUUUGAGGAAAUGCAUCUUCAGCUUGACGCUGCAAAAAAACGUAUCACUGAGUUGGAGCAGAGCUUACUGGUUCACAGAGGCAAUGCUGUUUGUGAAAUGUUAGAUAGGGACAGCUUCAUAGAUGAUAGUCAAGAACAGACUGAUGCACAUUCUCCUUUGUAUACUGCAGACACAAGCAUGGGGGAGAUAGUUCAGGAGUCUAGGUCCAAGAGACAGAGAAUACGGUUUGCCAGCAUACAAUGCCAGAAGUACGUCCAUGCUGAUGGAUCUGAAAAGACGUGGACAAGUAGCUCUUCCUCUGAAACAAGCCAAGACCAGCCUAUCAACGAGGAUUGUUUGAUUUCAGAAGCCACAACUCCUUACCAGCCCUCAGCAGAAAAUGACGUAGAAGCAUACCUCUCCAUUAUCCGCUCCUUGGAAACCAAACUCUGUGAGACAGAGGAGAAGCUAAAAAAUGUAACCCUAAAAUUGCAGAAUGACAAAAGCUGUAUUCAUGCCCAUCACACUCAUUCAAGUGCAGAAGGAUCUCUGGAAGAGCAGUUUUCAGGUAGUCGUAGCACUGCGGUCAUCUCCUUGGAAGAGGAACAAAUGGAGCUUGAGCGAACAAGGUGCCGCUCAGAGGGCAUCGCUAAAGAGGUUUUUAGCAGUUUAGAGUCGUGUCGGACAAUGCUCAAAGAUCUUCUUAAUCAUAAAGAUGAUGCAGAGUUAUUUUAUUCCACUUUAUCUGGCAUCGAAGAUGCUUUAACCCAUUCUCUUUGCUCUUUACAACAAACGCCGAUGGACCAAGUGUCUGGAGAAUGCUCUACUAUGCAAUGUGUGGAGAGGAAUAUGUCCAACGAAAGCCAACAUCCUGCCUGUGAAGGCUCAGCCAAGUUACUUUCAGAAAAAAUUGAUUUUGGGGCUAAAAUGAUGUUUGAGUUGGCAGAGUCGUUAAAAUUAACUAGCCCUGUUGCCGUGCUGGACAAUAAGCAAAGCAAAGAGCCCUGUAGAAAUGUGUCUCUUGUGCAAAUGUGGGCAGAGAAACUUGAGCUAGAAAGAGACUUUUGGAACAAGGUUGAGAGGCUCAGAAAAGAAAUUGUGAGAAACUCCGGAGAGCUAGGUAAUGAAUGUGAACAAAAUCUCCCUUCAUGUUCAGGUCCCAUCCAAUCACCUACUGAUAAAGCUCUGCUCAACGAGGAGCUUAGCUGUGUUGCUCGCAAGAUGGAGUCUUAUCUUCAUCACGUAAAAUAUUUGCAAUUCGGACUUCAGAACAGCCAAGCUGCUCUUGGGGAGAGACCUAUAAUGGAGGGAAUCACGCCUUCUUAUGUUUCUCUAGACCUUGAAAACGUUGAUCAGCACUCUCCAAAACCACAAGAAUCCAAUAAGUCUUCUAACUGUCCUUCUGUAUCUUUUCAGGAGAUACUUUGCCACCAGUUAGGGGAAUAUGCAGUCCAUUUAAACUCCCUUUCCUCCUUCUUAAAAGCCAAAUCAGCGACCGAUCUGGAAGAGGUUCAACGGCUUUUGGACAUUAACCAGCAACUUUUUUCUUCUGAUAGAUCAGUUAGUCUUUCUAGCUUUGCCACUGGCUUGGUUCAGGAAGCUGUCCUGCAGGCUCAGCUGCUAUAUGUGGCCUUUAAAUCCCAGACCGAAUGGGAGCAGGAGGCCCAAAGGAAAAGAGAGGCUUUGAGCCGUACUCACUCAGAGGCUCUGGAUAGACUUUGUCAGGAGUACCAGUCAAUGCUCCAAGACAAGCAGGCUGAGCUUGUUCAGAAGGAGAGGGCAGCAAGCGAAUCUAUUGAGAGUGCAAAUAGACAACUCAAGGUAGCAGAGACUGCAUACAAAGAGGGAAUGUAUCAGUUAGAUAUAAGUUAUAAAAGGGAUAUAGAAAAUUUAACACAGAAAUGGACAGAGAGUGAGGGAGUUCUUCUAGCAGAGAAAGCUGAGACUAUCCAUAAACUGGAAACUUCAGAGCAGGAGAAGGAGGAUCUAGAAAGUCACUACUUGGAAAAGUUAAGAAAUUUUGAGGCAAAGUUCCAGGAGCAGAUUGAUGAGCUCCAGGUUUUCCAUAACAAUGAAAUUCAUGCUCUGGAGGACAGAUACUUGCAGAGGGUACAGCAGCUAGAAGAAACUCUCAACAACUACCAGAAGGAACACCUGGAGAUGCCUUCACCUCUGGAAGUGAACUCCGCCCUUUCAGGGGAAAGCCAAGGGAGAGCAGUCAACACGGACACCACUCAUGUUCUGAGGGAGCGGAUCCUGGCGCUGGAGGCUGAGAUGGACCUCAUGAGAGAACAAAUGGACCACAAACACCUGGAAGCAGAAAUAUCCUCUGUGAAAGCGAAAUACCAGGCUGACUUUGAGAAGUUAAAGGCGACGUGCGAGCGGGGAUUUGCCGCCAUGGAAGAGACUCAUCAGAAGAAGAUCGAAGAGUUACAUCGGCAGCACCAGCGUGAACUGGAGAAACUGCGGGACGAGAAGGACAGACUGCUGGCCGAGGAGACGGCCGCCACUAUCUCAGCCAUCGAAGCAAUGAAAAAUGCUCACCGAGAGGAGCUGGAGAGAGAACUGGAGAAGUCUCAUCGCUCACAGGUCAGCAGCAUCAACGCAGACGUGGAGUCUUUGCGGAGACAGUACUUAGAGGAGUUGCAGUCGAUCCAGAGGGAAUUGGAGGUCCUUUCCGAGCAGUACUCCCAGAAAUGCCUGGAGAACGCCCAUCUGGCCCAGGCGCUGGAAGCGGAACGUCAGGCCCUGCGUCAGUGUCAGCGGGAGAACCAGGAGCUCAACGCUCAUAACCAGGAACUGAAUAAUCGGCUGGCCUCGGAGAUCACACGACUACGGACACUGCUAUCAGGGGAUGGAGGAGGUGACGUAUCACCUCUCACACAGGGGAAAGAUGCCUAUGAGCUGGAGGUCUUUCUCCGAGUGAAAGAGUCUGAAAUCCAGUACCAGAAACAGGAGAUCAGUUCCCUGAAAGAUGAGCUGCAGACUGCACUGCGGGAUAAGAAAUACGCCAGUAAUAAGUACAAGGACAUCUACACGGAGCUGAGCAACGUGAAAGCCAAGGCUGAUUGUGACAUCAGCCGACUAAAGGAACAGCUUAAGGCCACCACAGAGCUACUGGGUGACAAGUCCCCAGAGAACACAUCGGUGCCUGGAUACGAUAUUAUGAAAUCCAAAAGCAAUCCCGAUUUCCUGAAGAACGACAGGUCAAGCAUCAACAGACAGUUGCGGAACAUCAGGUCCAAGUCCGUAAUUGAGCAGGUCUCAUGGGAUAACUGAAACGUUCCAGGUACCAGGUUCCCCGACAUAGCCUGAAGGAGGGGCUGACCGUCCAGGAGCGUCUCAAAAUAUUCGAAUCCCAGAACUUAAAGAAAAACUAAGCACCCCCCGCCCCCCACAAAUCCCGCUGUGCACCCCCAGGACUCAGGCACAGUUUUGGGCCCUCAUCCAGCAUGGGGACGCCGCAGUGCAGCUCUCUGCAUGUUAGAUGGGUUGGAUAUGCGCAGAUUCUUCUGAUGUUGCAAUGUUUCCAUCCCCCCUCUAUUUCCCGCCUCCAAGUUGUCUUUUCCCCUCCCCCAUUGGCCCUCCAGAGCAGCUGAGGGUCGGGCACUUACUUGCCACCCCAUAAUGUCAGCUUUAAAUCUCAUUCAGCACUAUCAGUAUUAAGGCAUAGCCGCCGAUCAAUAAGCUAACGACGAGGCGUGCGUCUUUGCUUACCUGAGAUGUCUGGUGUUGGCACAUUCCAAAACGCACCGCAAGGGAAGGACUGAACCAGAAACAGGCCAAUGUGACAGGACAAUACGGUAACCCUCCAUUGUAGUGACGGGGCAAACCAUUCUCUCUCUCUCUUUCUCCAAAAAAUAUUAGUGUAUGAUGUGUAUAUUUAUGUAAAUGUUUGUGUUAUAUACGCAGAUGGAUUUAAAAACUACUGGGUUAUCAAUAGCGAAAGGUGGUCGGCACUCUAGAGUCUCACGUAGACCCACCAGGAGCCAACCUCAACCUCUGGAGAUACGACCAAACGUUCCCUUCCCUGUCCUGGGUCCUUGUGAAGGUUCUGCCAUGUUCUACUUUGAGCAUCGGGGACUAGUAGGAUAUUCUGGAUCAACUCAACUGCCACAUGAGCUGGAGAACCCCCGCCAUUUGUUUCUAAAGCAGUGACGGGCAACUGGCAGCCUUCCAGAGACCACCCCCGCCCUGAGAACCUGUAGCUCAACAACAUCAGCCUAUUCUAGAGGAACCACAUACAUUUAUCAGAAUGUGGUGACCCUUUCUGAUCUUGCCUGUGCACCUCACCCCAAUUGCCAUUUUUGGUUUCAGAUUUUGAGGAUCUUCUAACACCCAACAGCCAACUGUCAAAUAACUAGGCACUUGAGGUCUAGAUGAUUGUUCUAGUUCUGCAUAAAGGAUGUUUCAGUUGGCAUACAGCCAUUUGUUAGUGGUGGAGUUGGGAUGUGAGCCUGGGCUAAUGUUACUGGGCUGUGGGAUUCUGGGAAAUUUGGUUUCCAGUCACCCUGCCCUUUUAGCGCCCAGUGGACGUCUUGGUAUGUGAUAUGUUAUUAUAAGGGUUUUUUUGUGAUGUCACUGUCUACGAUGACAAUUAUUUUGUUUUGUUGCAUGUGCAGGUUUUGUUUUGGGCAAAUUGAAGCCAAAGUAUGUCCUUGAUGGCCGGUGUUGGGCUGCAGAGACUUUGGUGGGUGCAAAGUACACGCAGAACAUAGAAAAAUAGAGAUCUCUGUCCUUGUGGAAAAGGAAUAGAGGCCGCUGCUUGGAUUAUUCCAUUGUCAGAGGCUUUGACAGGCCGCUGGCUGUGUACAAAUGCACCGCACCCAAUCUGCUCUGCACAGAUGUAUUGUGGGUAAUCGGAUGUGCAUGCUGGGAAAAGCACGUGUACAGAUGUGAAUGUGAAAAAGAGGAGGAGUAGGGGAAUACAUGAAAGGUGCAGUCGAACUUUAAUUGAAUUGAACAUUAGCCCCUCCAUGAUGGCCAAGAAAAGGGUCACAAUUUGAAUAUCUAGAAACUAUAAAGGGUCUCGGGAUUGUUUAAGGGAUUGAAUAAGGGACUUUCAGUGCAGCUGCAGAGCAUUGAGACUCUUGGCAAUUCUUCACUCCCUUCUGCUGUCCCCCCCUCCAUACUGGCCUUGCCAUUGGUUCCGGCCCUAAUGGGCGGUGCUUAGGAAAGUACCAGUAGCUAAAUGCAAACCAAGAAGCCCAAUCCAUUGUUUUCAAGUUUUACUUUAGAAAUAUCGUCCCUGUCUCAGAUACCCAACUCGUAUUUGGGAAGUGAAUCUUGUUGGGUUGGACCAAUUUUUUAGGGUGUUUACAUGUGGUGUCCUGUGGGUGAGGAGAAGGCAACUGUCACCAUUUUAUUAGUCUGUGAUGACAUGAAGUGUGAGUGAUGGGCAGCCACCCGUUGCAUUCAGACCUGUGCUUCCUCCGAUGCUGUUGGACCUUCCUCUUCCCUUGGUUCUGGAUGUGCUGCCAGGCAUUAAUGCUCCUACUACAACUCCCAGCAUCCUCAGCGUUCCAGCAACACUUUCACAAGAACCCAGGAGCUCAUCUGAAACCCCCACAAAGCCAUGGAAUUCCAGGAGGUCAACCCUCUCCAGUGCAUUUGCUCUCGUUCUCCUCGCAGUGUCGGCACAUGAUAUAUAUUUAUUGACUGAUGAUGUUUUUGCGAGAAAGAGAGAGAGAGCGACGUGAAGUCCUGUCACAUGCAAAUGUGUAUAUGAUCGCAAUGUACUUCGACGUCUCCAUUUGUGGUCCAUACCAUUCCCUUGCGGGGGGUCCCACUUCCAGGCCCCUAAGGAAUAGGUUGCGCAUGUACCAUACGAGUUUUGUCUCUUUUAACCGCCAGAUAAUUUAAAGCCUGUAUAGUAUUCACAACACACUCUGUAAAUAUUUCUAAUUCCAGAUAGUGAGGUUUUUUUUUUUUGUGUAUGUUUUUAAUCUUUUUUUUUUUCUGUAAAACAGAUGUUUUGGUUUUUUUCCCCCCUUAGAGCUUGUGGGUUGAGUGUAAAAUUUCAGAGCUCAGUGGCCCCUGUAAGUGUCCUGGUUUCUUUUUAUUACCUUCCUGAAUGUGAAUCCUGCAUUUUUCAGGCUCCUGUGUAAUAUAUAUUCCUGACAUUGUACAGCCAGAAUUCUACGCCACUAACGGUGGGAGUCCCUCUUACCAAGCCAGUCCACUAAUCCUUUCGCUGCAGAGUCUACGACACUUUGCCCGGCGAAAAUUUUACUUUGUAAAUAUUUCUUCUUUUUUUUUUUUUUUUUUCCUUUGGGGUUUUCCACAAAAAGUUUUCCACCUUGGGCAUGUAAGUCUGCUUAUCCCUGAUGUUGGUGCAGAUGGAAAGCUUGGUAGACCUGGAAGACCUCGGAAGUCCAAUUCAAAGAUGUGUGACCUUUUUAGAAACACUACAUAACCCGAGGUGGAAUAGUUUGCAGUGCUGGACAUGUGGUCAGACCCAUGAGAGUGUAAGGCGAGGAUUUGAUCAGCUUGUAGCCUUGAGCGAUACUUCCCAGAAUCCUGGUAGACUCGGAGCUGUAGAUGCAAUCAUAUGGAGGUUGUUGAGUUGACCUCCUCAGUGUAGGUUGACAGGAGAUGGCUUCAUUCCAUUGACACAAGCAUUUCAUGGCACUUAGAUACGAGUAAACCCUCAAUUGUGCUUCCCUGUUUAAUGGCGCUCACUGGACAGCCAAUGAAAUACUCAGGCUUGUCUUGAAGUACCAAAGCCCAAAUUGGCCACAAGACAAGGAUGGAGUUGAUCCUUCUUUGUUCUUUUUCUUCAAGGAGGUUUUAUAGAUGUUAAGGCUCUUUCUGAGCUGUCCUUGCGAGGGGCAGGGGCAACCAGUAUGGGUCCCCCUCCCCCACCUAUGGGGCACUCUGCAGAGCUUUAAGUGCAAUGGGAAAGAACAAGAUGGCGGCAACAACGCUCUUCAGCUGUCCGGUAACAGCAGGAGAGGCGCCAGUUGCCCCAGCCGACACCAAGAGCAGCUUUGGACACUUGACCUCCAAAGGAUUUAGUCGGUUUAGAUGUGCGAUUAUCUUUUAAUAUACAAAUAUAUAUAUUUCUUUUUUCUUUUCCUUCGCACCCGUCCUGCCAUUAGUGGCUCCUCAGCGCUAGAGGCGAAUGAAUUAACCCGGGGAGCUUUUUUUUCUUUUUGAACUGACAACGAUAGAUCUGUCCCCUCAACGUGGGUUCAACUUAGUUUGUUGAUAAUUUUCUUCUCCUCUCUCUCUCUCAGUACAGAUAUUUAGUAUGAAUGGUCCCCCCUCCCCUUUAAUUUGUGGUGAUAUUUUUUUAAAAGUCCUCCUCGUUUGCCUAUUCACUGCAGUUCACUUUGGUCACGUUCUCUUCUCCUUCCCCGCUGGAUGUGUGUGACUCGCUAGUUUCCUGUGGAUGUAGCUGAUCAUUUUUAUUUUGUAAAUAGAAUUACUUAACUUUACAUAAACUAUAUCGUAAUAAACUAUUUUUGCACCACCCUU